CUUAUCAUCCGUGGAGAAUAGGAUCAAUAGACUUCAUUAUCGGUGGAUAAUAGCCUCGGCCUGAUUCCGUGAUCUGUAGCCUCCAGAAUCGAAAGAAAAUGGCAUUUCGGAUAAAUCGCCCAAAAUCUGUGAUGGUACCCCUUUGGAAUAUGCCAAAAAUUGACCCUGAAUAUAUCCACCCAAAUCGGUGCUUAAUGGACUCAAUCAUCGUUGGAGAAUAGUCUCAGGCCGAAUCCGUGAUCUGUAGCCUUCAAUAUCCAAAGAAAUGGGCUUUCGUCGCCCAAGGAAUUACGAAAAUGCCAUCCGAAAAUACAUUGGCCCAAAUCGAUGCUUAACGGACUUAUCAUCCGUGGAGAAUAGGAUCAAUAGACUUCAUUAUCAUUGGAGAAUAGCCUCGGCCUGAUUCCGUGAUCUGUAGCCUCCAGAAUCGAAAGAAAAUGGCAUUUCGGAUAAAUUGCCCGAAAUCUGAGAUGGUAGCCUUUUGGAAUCUGCCAAAAAUUGACCCGGAAAACAUCCGCCCAAAUCGGUGCUUAAUGGACUCAAUCAUCGUUGCAGAAUAGCCUCAGGCCGAAUCCGUGAUCUGUAGCCUUUCAAUAUCCAAAGAAAAUGGCCUUUCGUCGACCAAGAAAUUACGAAAAUGCCAUCCGAAAAUAAAUUGGCCCAAAUCGAUGCUUAACGGACUUAUCAUCCGUGGAGAAUAGGAUCAAUAGACUUCAUUAUCGGUGGAGAAUACCCUCGGCCUGAUUCCGUGAUAUGUUGCCUCCCCAGAAUCGAAAGAAAAUGGCAUUUUGGAUAAAUCGCCCGAAAUCUGUGAAGGUUCCCCUUUGGAAUCUUCCAAAAAUUGACCGGAAUAAAUCUGCCCAAAUCGGUGCGUAAUAGACUCAAUCAUCGUUGGAGAAAUGCCCCAGGCCGAAUCCGUGAUCUGUAGCCUUCAAUAUCCAAUGAAAAUGGCAUUUCGUCGCCUAAGAAAUUACGGAAAUGCCAUCCGAAAAUAAAUUGGCCCAAAUCGAUGCUUAACGGACUUAUCAUCCGUGGAGAAUAGGAUCAACAGACUUCAUUAACGGUGAAGAAUAGCCUCGGCCUGAUUACGUGAUCUGUGGCCUCCAGAAUCGAAAGAAAAUGGCAUUUCGGAUAAAUCACCAGAAAUCUGUGAUGAUACCCCUUUGGAAUCUGCCAAAAAUUGACCCCGAAUAAAUCCGCCCAAAUCGGUGCUUAAUGGACUCAAUCAUUGUUGGAGAAUAGCCUCAGGCCGAAUCUGUGAUCUGUAGCCUUCAAUAUCCAAAGAAAAUGGGCUUUCGUCGCCCAAGAAAUUACGAAAAUGCCAUCCGAAAAUAAAUUGGCACAAAUCGAUGCUUAACGGACUUAUCAUCCGUGGAGAAUAGGAUCAAUAGACUUCAUUAUCGGUGGAUAAUAGCCUCGGCCUGAUUCCGUGAUCUGUAGCCUCCAGAAUCGAAAGAAAAUGGCAUUUCGGAUAAAUCGCCCAAAAUCUGUGAUGGUACCCCUUUGGAAUAUGCCAAAAAUUGACCCUGAAUAAAUCCACCCAAAUCGUUGCUUAAUGGACUCAAUCAUCGUUGGAGAAUAGUCUCAGGCCGAAUCCGUGAUCUGUAGCCUUCAAUAUCCAAAGAAAUGGGCUUUCGUCGCCCAAGAAAUUACGAAAAUGCCAUCCGAAAAUAAAUUGGCACAAAUCGAUGCUUAACGGACUUAUCAUCCGUGGAGAAUAGGAUCAAUAGACUUCAUUAUCGGUGGAGAAUAACCUCGGCCAGAUUCUGUUAUCUGUAGCCUCCAGAAUCGAAAGAAAAUGGCAUUUUGGAUAAAUCGCCCGAAAUUUGUGGUAGUACCCCUUUGGAAUCUGCCAAAAAUUGACCCCGAAUAAAUUCGCCCAAAUCGGUGCUUAAUGGACUCAAUCAUCGUUGGAGAAUAGCCUCAGGCCGAAUCGGUGAUCUGUAGCCUUCAAUAUCCAAAGAAAAUGGACUUUCGUCGCCCAAGAAAUUACAAAAAUGCAAUCCGAAAAUAAAUUGGCCCAAAUCGAUACUUAACGGACUUAUCAUCAAUGGAGAAUUGGAUCAAUAGACUUCAUUAUCGGUAGAGAAUAGCCUCGGCCUGAUUCCGUGAUCUGUAGCCUCCAGAAUCGAAAGAAAAUGGCAUUUCGGAUAAAUGGCCAGAAAUCUGUGAUGGUACCCUUUUGGAAUCUGCAAAAAAUUGACCUGGAAUAAAUCCGCCCAAAUCGGUGCUUAAUGGACACAAUCAUCGUUGGAGAAUAGCCUCAGGCCGAAUCCGUGAUCUGUAGCCUUCAAUAUCCAAAGAAAAUGGCCUUUCGUCGCCCAAGAAAUUACGAAAAUGCCAUCUGAAAAUAAAUUGGCCCAAAUCGAGGCUUAAAAGGAUUUAUCAUCCGUGGAGAAUAGGAUCAAUAGACUUCAUUAUCGGUGGAGAAUAGCCUCGGUCUGAUUCCGUAAUUUGUAGCCUCCAGAAUCGAAAGAAAAUGGCAUUUCGGAUAAAUCGCCUGAAAUCUGUGAUGGUACCCUUUUGGAAUCUGCCAAAAAUUGACCGGAAUAAAUCCGCCCAAAUCGGUGCUUAAUGGACUCAAUCAUCGUUGGGGAAUAGCCUCAGGCCGAAUCCGUGAUCUGUAGCCUUCAAUAUCCAAAGAAAAUGGCCUUUCGUCGCACAAAAAUUACAAAAAUGCCAUCCUAAAAUAAAUUGGCCCAAAUCGAUGCUUAACGGACUUAUCAUCCGUGGAGAAUAGGAUCAAUAGACUUCAUUAUCGGUGGUGAAUAGCCUCGGUCUGAUUUCGUAAUUUGUAGCCUCUAGAAUCGAAAGAAAAUAACAUUUCGGAUAAAUCGCCUGAAAUUUGUGAUGGUACCACUUUGGAAUUUGACAAAAAUUGACCGGAAUAAAUCCGCCCAAAUCGGUGCUUAGUGGACUCAAUCAUCGUUGGAGAAUAGCCUCAGGCCGAAUCCGUGAUCUGUAGCCUUCAAUAUCCAAAGAAAAUGGCCUUUCGUCGCCCAAGAAAUUACGAAAAUGCCAUCCGAAAAUAAAUUGGCCCAAAUCGAUGCUUAACGGACUUAUCAUCCGUGGAGAAUAGGAUCAAUAGACUUCAUUAUCGGUGGAUAAUAGCCUCGGCCUGAUUCCGUGAUCUGUAGCCUCCAGAAUCGAAAGAAAAUGGCAUUUCGGAUAAAUCGCCCAAAAUCUGUGAUGGUACCCCUUUGGAAUAUGCCAAAAAUUGACCCUGAAUAUAUCCACCCAAAUCGGUGCUUAAUGGACUCAAUCAUCGUUGGAGAAUAGUCUCAGGCCGAAUCCGUGAUCUGUAGCCUUCAAUAUCCAAAGAAAUGGGCUUUCGUCGCCCAAGGAAUUACGAAAAUGCCAUCCGAAAAUACAUUGGCCCAAAUCGAUGCUUAACGGACUUAUCAUCCGUGGAGAAUAGGAUCAAUAGACUUCAUUAUCAGUGGAGAAUAGCUCGGCCUGAUUCCGUGAUCUGUAGCCUCCAGAAUCGAAAGAAAAUGGCAUUUCGGAUAAAUUGCCCGAAAUCUGAGAUGUUAGCCUUUUGGAAUCUGCCAAAAAUUGACCCGGAAAACAUCCGCCCAAAUCGGUGCUUAAUGGACUCAAUCAUCGUUGCAGAUUUGCCUCAGGCCGAAUCCGUGAUCUGUAGCCUUCAAUAUCCAAAGAAAAUGGCCUUUCGUCGACCAAGAAAUUACGAAAAUGCCAUCCGAAAAUAAAUUGGCCCAAAUCGAUGCUUAACGGACUUAUCAUCCGUGGAGAAUAGGAUCAAUAGACUUCAUUAUCGGUGGAGAAUAGCCUCGGCCUGAUUCCGUGAUAUGUUGCCUCCCCAGAAUCGAAAGAAAAUGGCAUUUUGGAUAAAUCGCCCGAAAUCUGUGAAGGUUCCCCUUUGGAAUCUGCCAAAAAUUGACCGGGAAUAAAUCUGCCCAAACUGGUGCGUAAUAGACUCAAUCAUCGUUGGAGAAAUGCCCCAGGCCGAAUCCGUGAUCUGUAGCCUUCAAUAUCCAAUGAAAAUGGCCUUUCGUCGCCUAAGAAAUUACGGAAAUGCCAUCCGAAAAUAAAUUGGCCCAAAUCGAUGCUUAACGGACUUAUCAUCCGUGGAGAAUAGGAUCAACAGACUUCAUUAACGGUGAAGAAUAGCCUCGGCCUGAUUAUGUGAUCUGUGGCCUCCAGAAUCGAAAGAAAAUGGCAUUUCGGAUAAAUCACCAGAAAUCUGUAAUGAUACCCCUUUGGAAUCUGCCAAAAAUUGACCCCGAAUAAAUCCGCCCAAAUCGGUGCUUAAUGGACUCAAUCAUUGUUGGAGAAUAGCCUCAGGCCGAAUCCGUGAUCUGUAGCCUUCAAUAUCCAAAGAAAAUGGGCUUUCGUCGCCCAAGAAAUUACGAAAAUGCCAUCCGAAAAUAAAUUGGCACAAAUCGAUGCUUAACGGACUUAUCAUCCGUGGAGAAUAGGAUCAAUAGACUUCAUUAUCGGUGGAUAAUAGCCUCGGCCUGAUUCCGUGAUCUGUAGCCUCCAGAAUCGAAAGAAAAUGGCAUUUCGGAUAAAUCGCCCAAAAUCUGUGAUGGUACCCCUUUGGAAUAUGCCAAAAAUUGACCCUGAAUAAAUCCACCCAAAUCGUUGCUUAAUGGACUCAAUCAUCGUUGGAGAAUAGUCUCAGGCCGAAUCCGUGAUCUGUAGCCUUCAAUAUCCAAAGAAAAUGGGCUUUCGUCGCCCAAGAAAUUACGAAAAUGCCAUCCGAAAAUAAAUUGGCACAAAUCGAUGCUUAACGGACUUAUCAUCCGUGGAGAAUAGGAUCAAUAGACUUCAUUAUCGGUGGAGAAUAACCUUGGCCUGAUUCCGUUAUCUGUAGCCUCCAGAAUCGAAAGAAAAUGGCAUUUUGGAUAAAUCGCCUGAAAUUUGUGGUAGUACCCCUUUGGAAUCUGCCAAAAAUUGACCCCGAAUAAAUUCGCCCAAAUCUGUUUUUAAUGGACUCAAUCAUCGUUGGAGAAUAGCCUCAGGCCGAAUCCGUGAUCUGUAGCCUUCAAUAUCCAAAGAAAAUGGACUUUCGUCGCCCAAGAAAUUACAAAAAUGCAAUCUGAAAAUAAAUUGGCCCAAAUCGAUGCUUAACGGACUUAUCAUCAAUGGAGAAUUGGAUCAAUAGACUUCAUUAUCGGUAGAGAAUAGCCUCGGCCUGAUUCCGUGAUCUGUAGCCUCCAGAAUCGAAAGAAAAUGGCAUUUCGGAUAAAUGGCCAUAAAUCUGUGAUGGUACCCUUUUGGAAUCUGCAAAAAAUUGACCUGGAAUAAAUGCCCAAAUCGGUGCUUAAUAGACACAAUCAUCGUUGGAGAAUAGCCUCAGGCCAAAUCCGUGAUCUGUAGCCUUCAAUAUCCAAAGAAAAUGGCCUUUCGUCGCCCAAGAAAUUACGAAAAUGCCAUCUGAAAAUAAAUUGGCCCAAAUCGAGGCUUAAAAGGAUUUAUCAUCCGUGGAGAAUAGGAUCAAUAGACUUCAUUAUCGGUGGAGAAUAGUCUCGGCCUGAUUCCGUGAUCUGUAGCCUCCAGAAUCGAAAGAAAAUGGCAUUUCGAAUAAAUGGCACAAAAUCUG